UCCACACACAUCAGGAUGGCAAGCAGCCUAAUCCCGCGCGCCAUCAACAGGUAUUUUCGGCGGCUAAGAGCUCCGGAGGAGAUUGGCUGAGAUAAAGGCAGCCGUGACGCCGCCGGGGCCGGAGCUGACGGAGGCUGCCCCAAAUAAAAACGCCGCCGUGCGCCGGGAGGGGAGCAGGAUGCCGGCGCUCAGCACCUCGCCUUUCCUCCAGCCCGCUCGCUGGCGGGGCCCCCAAAAUUCGCCCGGGCGCCAGCGCCGCCACACGCUGCCCGCCAGCGAGUUCCGCUGCCUCAGCCCCGAGGAUGCCAUCAGCGUGUUCGAGAUCGAGCGAGAAGCCUUCAUCUCGGUGUCCGGGGACUGCCCGCUGCACCUGGAUGAGAUCCGCCACUUCCUGACGCUGUGCCCCGAGCUGUCCCUCGGCUGGUUCGAGGAAGGGCGGCUGGUGGCCUUCAUCAUCGGCUCCCUCUGGGACCAGGACAGGCUCAGCCAGGCGGCGCUGACCCUGCACAAGCCGCGGGGCACGGCGGUGCACAUCCACGUGCUGGCCGUGCACCGCACCUGCCGGCAGCAGGGCAAGGGCUCCAUCCUGCUGUGGCGCUACCUGCAGUACCUGCGCUGCCUGCCCUUCGCCCGGCGUGCCCUGCUGAUGUGCGAGGAUUUCCUGGUGCCCUUCUACGAGAAGUGCGGCUUCCAGGCGCUGGGGCCCUGCCAGGUGACGGUGGGGACCCUGGCUUUCACCGAGAUGCAGCACACCGUGCGGGGCCAUGCCUUCAUGCGCAGGAACAGCGGCUGCUGAGCCCCCAACCCGGGGAGGGAGCCGGAGGGAGGCAGAGGGGAUAUAAAAGGCUGCGAGGGUUUUUUCUCGGUUUUUCCCCCGCUGGGCACGCUCCCUGCUGACACAGCUGCCUUUUGGGCAGGGGAUGAGCCCGGCCCCGUGUGCCACCGACACCUCCUGUAGGGUUGGGGGCACAAAAACACAGCCCGGCCCUGCUGCACGCACCAAACCCACGGGUCUCCUCUUCAGCUGGGGCUGCCAAGGGGAGCCCGUGGGGGUGGCACGGCCCGGGAAAAGCUGAGACCCUAUAAAAAUACAUGAGCCCCCAGCCUGGCGCCCCUCUCCCAGCGCCCUCCCGCUCACACCAACCCCACAAACGAUCCCAAGAGGGGGCCAAGCCCUCCCCAAGCACCCCCGGAGCAGGCAGGGUCCCCGCAGCCACCCCUGGGGGUGUCCCCCUGCCCACGGCCACCCUGAGUCCUGCACCCAAGAGCCUCCCCACAGGGCAGGUCCUGCACGCAGACACAUCCCCUUCCCAGGAAAAUCCUCCUGCAAAUGCCUUGGUCUGUCGUGAAGCAGCAAAUAAAGCCACAGCGGCUGUUUUCUACGCAGCUCGGGCGUGUUUGUCCCCAGCUCCAAGCGUCACCGCUCGGCACACACGGGUGGGAACCAGCCGGCACCUUGUGGGGUGCCUCAGCUCCAAGGGGGGGCAGAUCCACCCCCCCCGGGGCAUCUGAUGGAAGGUUUGGGGCUUUGACAGCACCUGGAGGCUCUGUGGGUGGCUUUGCUUCCCCCUUUUGCUCCAAGAAACUGCCCUGAAAACCCUGCCACUGCCCCAGGAGGGAUUUUUGGGGAUACAGGGCACUGUGCUCACCCUGCAGGGCAGGGAC